CUACUACCAAUCACCAUCAAGGAAGCCCCUUCCAGUGCCCCUUCAGCCGAUAUCCACAUUCGAUGGGUCCCACUUGGCCCCAACGAGACCGUUUUCGCUGCAACCAGCAUGAUCGCCGACGGUACCUCUCUCUGGUCAGGUCUCGUCAAUAUCACAUUUAACGAUGAUUAUAACUGGAAUGAUGAUCGUUUGUUUCGGUACACGGUACUCCACGAAAUUGGACACGCGCUCGGACUCUCCCAUUCUAAAGUUGAAAACGCAGUAAUGUUCCCAUACUACGAUGGUAUGAUCCAUCCUUUACACCCUGACGAUGAGGCUGCCGUUCAUGUGCUUUACGGGUGGAAAACCCCCCGCUGGUCUAAAAUCGAUUCAAAUUCAGGGACGAAGUUCAUCGCGCAGGUUUCAUCCAAUACAUCCACACCCGCAGCUCAAGAUGGCCUUUACCAGUUACGCAGCACGGGACAGAUUAUGUGGUACAACCCCAGCGGAUCUUGGGUAAGCGUUGGAAAUGACAAGAAUACUGUGCAAAUAGCAGGCUCGGCUGGGAACCUCUACCAACGCCGUGCCGAUGGCAGCGUGUAUCGCUACACCGGAACCUCGUCCAACUGGCAGUCCAUCGGCAUCGCCUCCGACAACAACAUCGAUCUCGUAACUGCCGCCGACGCAGUCUACCUCCGGCGAAAAGACGGCUGGGUCGCGCGCUGGUCCGGGACAGGCACAACAUGGAACACCAUCGAACAACCCUCCAUCUCUAAACAAAUAGCCGUCACCGAUAAAAAGACCCUCUGGAACCUGCUCAUAUCCGGAGACGUCGUGCGGUCCGAAUAUCCGUACAGCUCGGGGUGGGUCACCGUCGACCAAAACCCGUCUAAUCUCGCAAUCGCAGUCGGCGGCGAGGAGUUCUACAAAUUGCAAACGGAUGGGAAGAUUGUGUGGUUAGAUAUGGAUGCCUAUUAUUGGCGGACGAUUGAGGAUGGAAAUGCGACGGAUUUUUAUGCCAGUGGAAUGUAUUUGUACAGUAGUCAUGGUGAUGGGAGUAUUUGGCGGUAUACAGGGACACCCAUGGUUUGGGAACAGCUAGAUAGUGCCAGGAAUUCGGAUUCCGUGGUUGGGGAUAGGAGGGGGGAGGUUUGGGAGUUGUUGGGGACGGGAGAUAUUUUGAGGCUGGUGUCGUAA